GUUUUUUGUUGCCACUCAUUUUGUGGCUCUCUCACUUCCACUGUCUAUCUCUUGCAAUCAUUCUCUCUCUCUCUUACCCAAAACCUACCGAAGCCGAAUAAAUUCUUCAAAUUUCAGUUGAUGAUUUUGCAGAAAUACUAAUCAUCCGCCGUUUCCUUUAACUGUCUUUUCUCCCUUCCCUCUUUAUUCUAUUAUAGGAUCAUUCAGUAGAAGUUUUUUUGUGAUUUCUUUGACUUUGACAAAAAUAGAGGGGAUUGAAGGACAAAAAUCUGCAGAGUUUUUUCUCUUUUUUCAACACAGAAAAUGAUUGAAGAGUGUUGACUUAGAGCUCCAGCCGCGUUGAAAAGAUAUGAUCUGAUUAUCAGUUGUUAAGUAAGAAUGUGAACAGAAUUUGUUGCUUCAAGGUGAUGUUUUUCCCAAUGGCGCACGUGAAUUCAUGAUCUGGGGACUCUCAAAUCUCGAUCUUGGUUUUCGCUAGAAGACAAAAAUAGAAGGGCGAGUUUGUCUGAAUCUUGAUGGAAGAAGCUAAGGCGCAGAAGCAGAUAAAGAAGCAGCUAACGGCGAAAAGGGAUGAUUCAGCUCUGCAUUCCGCUGCGAGAGAGGGGAAUCUGGAGGUGGUGGUUGAGAUCAUCAAUGGCUGCGGCGGCGAAGGAGAGGAGCUCAGUGAGCUGCUGUCGAAGCAGAACCAGUCCGGUGAGACGGCCCUCUACGCGGCGGCGGAGUGCGGCCACGUUGAGCUGGUUGAGGAGAUGAUCAAGUACUAUGAUGCCGCCUUUGCAACCUUGAAAGCCAAGAAUGGUUUUGAUGCGUUUCAUAUUGCUGCCAAAUUGGGCAAAUUAGGAGUGUUGAAGGUUCUGAUGGAGGCGGAUCCUCAGCUAUUGGCAACGGUGGACCAAUCGAACACGACAGCGUUGCAUACAGCGGCGGCUCAAGGGCACGUUGAGGUGGUGAAUUUCCUGUUGGAGAGUAACAGCAGUCUUGCUACAAUAGCAAGAAACAAUGGGAAAACGGCACUGCAUUCUUCAGCAAGAUACGGCCACACCGAGGUGGUGAAGGCCAUCCUAGGCAAAGAAGCCGGAAUCGCAAAGUGGCAAGACAAGAAGGGGCAGACGGCCCUCCACAUGGCGGUCAAGGGCACAAGCACUGAUGUGGUUGAUCAACUCAUCUCCGCAGAUUCUGCUAUUCUAUCAGUGCAGGAUACCCAGGGCAAUACCGCAUUGCACAUAGCUACAAGAAAGGCUAGACUACAGAUUCUGGAGACUCUGCUUAAAUACACAGAGCUGAACAAAGAAGCCAUAAACAAAACAGGGGAGACGGCGUUGGACACGGCCGAGAAAACGGGGAACUCGGGUGUGGUGAGCCUCCUCCAGCAAUCGGGCGUGAAGUGUGCCAAGUCCCUGUCGCCGCCUAGCACCGCAGCCCGACAGCUGAAGCAAACAGUGAGCGACAUCAAGCACGAGGUCCACGACCAGCUCCAGCACACCCGCCAGACGCGCAGGCGCGUGCGCGGCAUCGCCAAGCGCCUGGGCAAGAUGCAGUCGGAGGGCCUCAACAACGCCAUCACCUCCACCACCGUGGUGGCGGUGCUCAUUGCCACGGUGGCAUUCGCGGCCAUCUUCACCCUCCCGGGGCAGUACGCGGACGACAAGGAUCACGUGCCCCCGGGGCUGUCCCUGGGGGAGGCGAACAUAGCGCCGAACGUGGAGUUCACGAUCUUCCUGAUAUUCGACUCGCUGGCGCUGUUCAUAUCGCUGGCGGUGGUGGUGGUGCAGACGUCGGUGGUGGUGGUGGAGAGGCGGGCGAAGAAGCAGAUGAUGGCGGUGAUCAACAAGCUCAUGUGGCUGGCGUGCACGUUCGUGUCGGUGGCGUUUCUGGCGCUGUGUUAUAUAAUUGUUGGGGAGGAGGAGAGGUGGCUGGCGGUGGGGGUUACGGUGAUUGGGAGUUUGAUCAUGGCGACCACGCUGGGGACAUUGUGCUAUUGGGUGGUGAUGCAUAGGAUUGAGGCAUCCAACCUUAGGAGGUCGGCUAGGAAUAGCCGGUCGCAGUCGUGGUCGGUGUCGGUCAUGUCGGACUCCGACGCAGCGGAGGAAGCUUGCAACAAGCUCUAUGCUCUCUGAUUCUUCACUGUGUAUAUAUAUAUAUAUUAGUAUGUCUGAUUGCUUGCCUUGCCUCUCUCUAGAGGGGAUAAGAAUAUGAAUAUGGCUUUUUUUGCUUGCUUGAUGGCUCAUCGCAUGCAUUUUGUAGCUACAAGAUCUUGUUAUCUGUUUUGUAGGAGUAUAAAUUUAAGAAAGAUUGUUGGCUGAA